UAUUUUGUCCGCUUCACACUAGUUACAGUGUUAGACCACCUCCAAAUGGAGGUUUUAAACUGGGGUUCUAAAACCCAAAACGAUACAAAAAAAAUUCAAAACACCAAAAAUUGUCGAGAACCGGUUCUUAAGUAAGGGAUUUUAGAACCCCUUACGUGUCUGCCUUUGAUUGGAUCAGCUAAUUUUAAGGAAACAAAACAAAUGUUCUCUCUCUUCCUCGAAAAUCUUUGUCGACUCGCUCUCUCUCUUUAGCGGCUUCUCGCGGUUUUACCUCACCGGCGACUUGUUUCUCCGUUGGGACUUAUUUCUUCUUCCUUACUACUUCCGAAGACGACCCUUCCUCGCUAAUUUCCUUUCUCUUCUUCGAUUUCUAGAUUCUUUGUUUUCAGGAUGGAGGAUGUUUUUCCUAACCUCUCUCAGGUUCCAGAGGAGAUACGUACUCACUUGGAGAAAAUGAUUGAUUGGUUACGGCAGGCAAUUGUUGGGAGGAAUGAACUGGAUCGAUUCAGAGGUGCUGAGCACAUCUUAAAGGUUUGCGAUAGCAGUGGAAAUUUGGUGUGCUUGUUCAAGGCCUUCAAUGCUGGUGAUGAAAACUUAGCAAAGAAUGAAGCAUGUGUGUACCUGCUUGAUCAUCCCGAAAACGAUCACAGAUCAGUGUCUCCAAAAAUCUAUGGCUUCUCUAGAGUAAGACCAACUGUAUUUCUGCGAUUUAGACUAGGAAACGAAAUGAAGAUGGGUAUUUUGAUAGAAUAUGCUGAGUCAAAGGGUUGCGCACGUCGUAGUGGCUUGGGAAUACCUGUGAAUGAAGUUCACAAAAUUCUUAUCACAGAUAUACGUUUCGGGAACAGUGAUAGGAAUGUAGAAAAUGUUCUGGUUCAAGAAAGCGAAAACGGGGCAAUUCAACUGGUGCCAGUCGACCAUGAAAUGUGCUUUGGGAAUGAAGUUCAACCUUAUAACAUCUGCAGUCCCUGUUGGUUAGGUUGGUUGAAGGAAGAAAUGAAUCUCAAUCAAGUUUUUUCCUCGGAGUCGGUGAGUUACGUGACAGGGCUAGACGUUGAAAAGGAUAUUGAAUUUGUUCGAAGAUGUGGAUGGGAACCUGGGAUUGAGUUUAGUGAAAAAUUCAAGGUGUUUGGAACCUUUUUGAAGAAGGCGGUUUUUCAAGGAUUGACAGGCUUUCACAUCGGUUUGAUCGCGGCAUUUAAAUGUGAAAAUAUGAAUUUCAACUUGCAAAGUAUAAUCGACGAUGUUGCUAGAGAUGACGAUUUCUAUGAUAACGUGGGUAUUCGCUUAGAAGAGGCUCUGAAGCAAUAUCAAGAGGAGGUUUAGAUUUUGAGAGAUCCGAGGGAAUAAUAUCAAGAGAAGAUUCGUGGAAUUGCAGAUUUUUUUUCUAUUUUAAUAAAAAGAAAAAUAGUUUGUGAUUUGAUGAGAUUUAAAGGAAAAACUUAAAGGUGAUUUUGGGAGAUUUGUAGAACAGAAAGAGGAAAAUUUGGGUUUACUCAAUACUCACAUCAUUGAUCCCUUUAUCAAA